CUUUUUGUUAGUGUGACUUGGUAAAUGGUCCAAGUCGGACCGAAACGUCGUCGUAAGCUCCUCUCUUCUAUGUGCGGGUUAUUUGUGUAUCAUUCCAGUCACGGUACUGUGCCGUUUUUUGUUAUAAAUCUUUAAUUCAUGUUAUCAGAAGAAUGACAAGCUAAUUUAAAUUUUUCUCUACUAACAGCUUACUGGUGGCUGUUGCAGUCUCGUGCCAAGACAGGUGAUGCUUCUGACCCCACAAAAACUGAUGGACCUUUUUUCUUGAAUUUAAUUUUGACCUCUGCAUCUGAUCUCGCAUUCUGGAUGUUCUCAGGCAUUUCCCAUGGCUUUGCUUUUGUUCACAAAUCUGUAGUAGACAUAAGUUCUUGGUUGGCAUCUGCUUGGUACACAAGUCUCUCAUCAUUGUGGGGCUUAAUUAUGGGCAUGUUUUCAUUGCUUGGGUCUGCUGUACAAAUUUGCUUAUCAUACAUUUUGCAUUUUCUGUAUGUAAUAUUGGAAUACAUUCAGUACCUAACCUUAGCAGUCUUGAGUUUCUUUUCUUCAUUUGUAUCCUUUGUAUCUGGUCUCUUCAUGUCCAUUAUUGGCACCAGUCCAACUUCUGAAGAUUUGAACUCUUUGAAUGAAGAAAGUCUAUCAUGGAAUAUCCAUUCUUUGGCCUCGAGUUUCUCUCCGAUGGCAUGGAUGUCAAAUAUGUAUGUCAGCCUUACAGAAGUAGUAGAGACAUCGGGAAACUGGCUCUGGACUGGAUGGCUCUGGCUUGUGUUAAGUGUUUCUGAAGUCCUUACAAUUGCUACAUCAUUCAUCCUUUGGCUCCUGAGCUCUCUCUGCUCUCUGGUGUGGUACCUGGCAUCUGGACUCUGGACUUUACUGAUCUAUACCAUAAUUGGCACCAUUGGCUUCAUAACAUCCACUGCAGCCACAGUGUCAUCGCUAGCAGUUGAAACAUCGUCUACGGCUAUCAGUAAUGUAAAAGGGCUUGUAUUGCCAUUCUUUCAGUCAUCUCAUACAACAAGCAAAGAAUUCCUCAAUGCAGGAAUAUCACUGCAGUCAUCAGCAGACACAACAGAUGUGAAGGACAUGCAUUUUAAGGGUGCAUCAGUUGCAGAGGUUGUUAGUAAAGUAAUAAAUAGUGAAGAAUUGAAAGUCCUCAUUGCUUCAGUAGCAUCAGGAAGUUCUAAUAAGGAGCAUUUAACAGUUGAGGAUGUCUCUAAUAUUGUGAAGUGAGUAUUCUAAGCUAAUAUAACA